GGUCAUCCUCGUGAUUUCCAGUCAGGUCGUUCAAAGUCGAAAGUUGCAGCUCUACAAGUCUCGGUCCUUUGAUUUACAAUCCCAAAUCGAAAGGCCAGGAGGAGGAGCGAGAGGGGCGAGGACAAGCGGGCUGGUGUGGAAGGAAAGGAUUGUGUCUGCGCUCUAUUCCUGUAUCUAUGAGCUACGGUAAUAUUAUGUACAGAACUGGGCACGGAUGGCCAGGCGCGUCCAAUUAUACCAGUGACUAAACGUAUUUACUUGCCUGGCUCCCCCUCUAAUCCCAUCGGGUCUGAUUUAAUCCCUCAGGCGGAGCAGGGGUAAAGAUCACCCAGUAUCCCCCACCCCAGGAGCCAGUUGUCCCCGGCCCUUGGUGUGUGUGUGUGUGUGCGAGUGCGUUCGGGCGUGUGUGCUAGCAGGAACCUUCCGAACCUGGACCACCUGCAUGUGGAAACCCUCAGAACUAGACUGACUGAGAGGGGCUAGGGGGCCGACGGAGAGGAGAGUCCUCCACUCCCACAUCCUAUUCAAUUCCACCGCGUCUGCACAUCUGGCGUUGCUUUCUGCCUCGGCCUGUCAGAGUUCGAAGACACAUCUGAUUGGGAGAUAGGGGCAGCCGGGGGACGCAGCAGCUCCUUUCAUACAGGUGAUGGUGCGGCGCCACAGCGGUCCUUGGUGGGCCGUCUGGGACUCCUUCCCAAAGGUCGCAUUUCUAAAAAGCUUCUGUGCCCUAGCAGCCCCCCAACCCCUCGAAGCUGGGACGGCUCCAAGUCCGGUGGAUUGCACGUUCUUAUCUCCUGUGGGCAGUCUGAGCUCCGGGAAGCCUUUCUUAGCCAGGGCAUGGCUCACCUGCGCUAGGAGAGAGGGAGGGUGGCAACUUUCAGCCUUAGUUGAAAGAUGAAAGCGAUCCGGACUUUGGAGGGCGCUUGCCAACUCCGGUAAUCGAUAGUGGGGGCAGCUACUCGGGUGACUCGAGCCUGAGCUGCUUUGUUUGCGCGGGAUGCGUUUGGGGGUGUGGGCCCUGCUCCUGGUUUACCCGUUCUCUGAGCCUGCUCCCCUUUGCAUGAUGCAUCAUGAGUUACUUUCUGUCCUACUGCAAAGCUCACGGAGGCGCGGUCCUCACCCACUACCAGGCCCUGCGCGACGAGGGCUUCCUGUGCGACGUGAAGUUGGAGGCCGAAGGCAACGAGUUCCCGGCGCACAGGUCGCUCCUGGCGUGCUCCAGCGACUACUUUAAAGCUCUAUUCAAGAGCUACACGCAGGAGUCUCGGGCCCCCGUCAUCCACCUGCAGGUGCCCUCGGCCACUGGCCUUCAGCGCCUCCUGGACUUCAUCUACACCGCCUGGCUGCCCCUGUCCAUGGACACGCUGGAGGACACGCUGGAGGCCGCCAGCUACCUGCAGGUGAGCGAGGCCGUGGGCCUGUGCAGCCGCUACUUGGUGCGUCACCUGGGCCUGGAGAACUGUUGCUUCGUGGCCAACCUGGCCACCCGCUUUGGCCUGGCCGACACGCUGUCAGCGGCAGAAAGCUUCAUCGGGCGCCACAUGAGAGAGCUGCUGGACAGGGGCCCCGAGGCGGCGGGGCUUCUGGAGCUCAACCCGGGCUCGCUUAAGGCGGUGCUGGGCUCCCCAGACGUGCCGUACGUGGCCGAGGCCCGGUUACUGAGCCUGGCGCUGAGCUGGUUGCUGCAGGAUCCCGCGGCUGAACGCGUUUCGCACUGUUGCAGUCUUCUGGAGCGCAUCCGCUUCGGCCUGGUGCCCCCCGAGGUGCUUCGUCGGGUCUAUUCAGGCUCGGGCCUCAGCCUUCCCGCCCGCGUGAAGGGUCUAAUUAUCCAGGCUAUCAGCUACCACACGGCUACCUCCCGACAGCCCCUAAUGCAGAGCGAGCAGACGAGCUGCAGGAGCCCCCAAACUCGUAUCUUACUGGUCGGGGGGCGCCGGGCCAAGGAGGCAGUGACUCAAGGUGCUGAAGAUGCUCAGAUCCCUCGAGGAGAGGAUAGAGGCGAUGUCGACGAAGCUGCAGGUGAACAAGCUGAACAGGAGGUGCAGCCUGAGGAAGCGGAUGAAUGGGAAAUGACCCAAGAUGUGGUCUCCUUCGACGUGUACAACCACCGCUGGCGCAACCUCACCAGGCUGCCCACCCCAUUGCAGGGGCACUGCGUGUGCACUAUAGGCAACUUCCUUUACGUGCUGGGAGGGGAGAGUCCCGCAGGCAGCCCAGCUUCUCUUUCUCCAACCGUCCCACUGGACGUCACGGCCCAAGUGCACCGCUAUGACGCGCACUUCCACGUGUGGGCUCCUAUGCCUGCUAUGCAAAAAGCUCGGGCCCACUUCUGGUGCGGGGCCGUGGGCGACAACAUCUUAGCCGUCGGGGGUGUGGGCGCAGACGGGGCCGCCCUGGCCUCUGUGGAAAUAUACGAUUUGGGCCGAGACCGCUGGACAGUGGCCAAGGAGUUGCCGCAGCCAGUGUAUGGUCACGCCGGGGCGGUAGCGGCCUGUGGCACCGUGUAUAUAUCCGGGGGCAAGCUCGGAGGGCGGCCGGAGGAUGGAGGUUUGGAGCGGGGUGGCAGCAUCCGGGAUGUGUACGCCCUCGGCCCAAAGGAGAAGGUGUGGAGUAAGAAGGCCCCGAUGAGCAUCGCCCGCUUUGGCCACCACAUGGCUACGCUGCGCGGCGCGGUGUUUGCUUUUCUGGGGCGUUAUGAGCUCUUCUCAGAGAUUGAGCGCUACGAUCCCGGUGCAGACCAGUGGACUCGGCUGCGGCCCCUGCUCUAUGACCGCUUCUGCUAUGGGCUAGCCGUGGUGGAGGAGACCGCACUUCUGCUAGGUGGGUUAAAGUGGCAAGAUUCCAGGCAAGUGCCCACCCGCAACGUGGUAGGCUAUGAUUUGGACCUCGACUGCUGGGAGGAAAUUGGUUGCGACAUGCCCCAGGCUUGGAGCGGCCUGAAGUGUGCAGUGUUGCAGUUAUCAGAAGAGGAAGAGGAAAGGGUGGAAAAGAUGAAGAAAGUGUAAACGCAGGCUGAGGUGCAUUAAGUCAUGCUCCUCUGAUUUCAGGACACAGCUAUGAUGACGCAGUUAUGAAAAUGGGUGUUCCUGAUUGGCACACUGUCCCCAAAAUGAUAUUCUUUCUUUUCCGAUGUGUCUUUAAACCUUAUGAGAUUGCGGGGACAAACAGACAGAACGAAGUAGUAAAGUGAAGACAGUUCGGCAGAAUGGGAGUAAAGGAGACAGAGAAGAGGAAAGAUAAUUGAGCUCCGGCAGUCUGAUUUCUUGGAGGAAUCUGAGUUAGCAAAGAAGUUAUCUUCUUUUAUUUUUUUUAAACUAUCACUUAAAAUUGAGUUUUACCAGCUAUUAAAUGGAAAUUAUCUUUGUGCCAAAGCUAAAGAAACAAAACAAAGCUAAGACACUCAGGUAUUGGAAAAUGUUAACAAUAUUAGACUCUAGAGAAUGGUAUUAUUGGAGUAAAUAGAUGAGUGAGACAGUCCUCCCUAAACAGCAUAAAAUUGCUGGAAGGAGAACUGUGAUUUUUCCAUAUCGUAGCUAUAAUUGUGGUUAUACCCUAUUUAAUUCUUAUGCAAAUAUUGAACCGAGAGACAAAAUCUUUGGAAAAGCAACUUGUGGCAUGCCCUUUGGAUGGGGUUUUUGUUUUUGAAAAUUUUUGGCAUGGUUUUGGAUAGAAUUUUAGUAUCAUUAAGGUAUGAGUAACUACUGUUGACAAUGAAGAGGGUUAAGAUGGGAGGGGAUGUCUAACAGCAAAUAAGUAAAUAAAAUAUUUUCUCUAUCCAUUUUGUUUGCUGAGAGCUCUCCAGAUGUGCCCCAUGUUAUUUUCGUAAAAAAAAAACUGAUUUAUUUCUCCUUCUUUAACACCUCCUCCAUCCAUUGGGGGGGUACAUAAUGGAAUACAUAGUAAGGUGAAGGUCUAUUUUUGUGCAAAAUGAACUGGGAAAUCCAGUUUUUAAAGGUCUCAGAGAGAAUGCUUGCUUAAACUAAACAGGCUUGGGCCACUCACAGCAUAACAUUUAGAACACUUAAUAUAGCAGGAUGACUACAUGACUAAGUUACAAGGGUAUGAAAUGUGUAAAAGUUUUAUAUUAAUAAAUUAAGUGCUUUAUAAGUAUUCCUUUGAAAGCUGCAUUUGUUCUGACUUUUCUCUACAGUGCUCUCUCUUCCCUUCUAGGCUCCUGUUAACACAGCACCUGCUGUAGGUGCUUAAUAAGUGUUUGUAGAAAUGAAUAGUUAGAUUAACACUUGAAAUGCUGUUCAAGAAGGCAUCACAAUGAAUGGUGCAAAUGCACGCUUUCAUGCCAGGCUAUCCACGAGUGUUUUAAAUGUAUAAAGGUUUAAUUUUUUACCUGCUAACCAAAGUAAAGUUUAGGCAGAAAAACUGUUGCAUAGCAACAGACCUAGAUCUUUCCUUUAAUUGCCUGGUGACCUCAUGAUACCACCUGUCCUAUGUGCAUUAUCCAUCCAUGGCUGUCAAAUAUUUUUAUGGAUAUAUUUAUAUGUUUUUGGUCCAUUAAACAACAGGCCUUUAAAUGCUUGUUAGAAGAGCACGCUUCAUUUCAGGACAAGCAUUUUUAAAAACUAAAUGUACAAAUCCACAAAUUUAAUGUGUCAGUGUCAGUACUCAUGCAGUAAGUAAAUGUUGUUGUUGUUUUUGUACAAAUAGAUUUUUUUAAAUGACAAAAAUAAUACACUGGACCUCAAAUCCUAUCUCAUAUGAACAUUAAGAUGUGAUUCCUCAUCCAUUUUGAUUACAUACAGAAGUACCGAAAAUGGGCUGCAGAAAGGCCACUUUCCCUGUACAAUUGUGCAAAGUCUGCAAAGCAAUAGCAAUUCAAAUGUAAUUUUAAAGCAAACAAAAGAAGGCUCCCCUGUGUAGCUUUCACUUCCUCUUCCACUGCGAGGAUGAUCACUCGAAAGUAUCUGAGCUCUUCAAGAUUAAAGUACAUUCACCGAGCUUAACAGGCUACAGUAAUAAAGCUGAUUAAAAGCAGGUCUCAAGAUAGACAGUCAUGGAGAGGGGGCAACCCCUCCUCUGAAAAUAUCAAAUUGUGACUUUUAAAUUAUGCAGCCAGACACUGAGAAGCAGCACAAUCAUUAUCAUGCUGAGAUCACGUUCAAAAACAAGCUAAUAAUUAUAAAUAUAUGAAGAGGAGUUUCCCCACAUACACACUCCAUUUUAUAGAACAGUUCAAGAACGUAAGAAAAAUGUCCAUUGUUUUCUCACACAUAUAACUCACUGGAACAUUUCUGAAUAGACAGUACCCUUUGCCUCACACAGAGUACGUCUUAACUUUUUUCCUCAACAUUCCCCAAUUUUUUAAUAAUCCAAACUUUAACUUAUCAGUUAUUUUUCUUC